AUGGCAGGAGAAAAUGGGUUCAUUGGAUCAAUAGAUCAAGGAACAACCAGCACCAGAUUCAUCAUUUACGGUCAUGAUGCUCGUUCUGUUGCAUCUCAUCAAGUUGAGUUCACUCAGUUCUAUCCUGAAGCUGGAUGGGUGGAACAUGAUCCAAUGGAGAUACUGGAAAGUGUGAAAGUGUGUAUGGCAAAGGCUCUUGACAAAGCCACAGCCGAUGGACACAACGUGGACGGUGGCUUGAAGGCCAUUGGGCUUACGGAUCAGAGAGAGACCACUGUCGUCUGGAGCAAAUCCACUGGACUUCCUCUCCACAAGGCUAUUGUCUGGAUGGAUGCUCGCACCAGCUCCAUCUGCAGGAGACUAGAGAAGGAACUCUCAGGAGGAAGAUCCCAUUUCGUUGAGUCUUGUGGCUUGCCUAUAAGCACAUACUUCUCUGCCAUGAAGCUGCUUUGGCUGAUGGAGAAUGUGGAUGCUGUCAAAGAGGGUAUCAAGAAAGGGGAUGCCAUCUUUGGCACAAUCGACACUUGGUUGAUAUGGAACAUGACCAGAGGUUCCAAUGGCGGGCUACAUGUGACUGACGUCACCAAUGCUUCUCGCACGAUGCUCAUGAACCUCAAGACCUUGAGCUGGGACAAAGACACUCUUAAAACGCUUGGCAUUCCUGCUGAUAUCUUGCCAAAGAUAGUAAGCAACUCUGAGGUCAUUGGAGAAAUCUGCAAAGGCUGGCCCAUUCCUGGUAUCAAAAUCGCUGGAUGUCUUGGCGACCAACACGCUGCAAUGCUGGGACAAGCUUGCAAGAAAGGUGAGGCUAAGAGUACUUACGGAACCGGCGCUUUCAUUCUUCUCAACACAGGAGAAGUGUCCAUCAAGUCAGGUCAUGGACUUCUAACAACACUAUCUUACAAACUUGGGCCUCAAGCAAAGACAAACUAUGCUCUCGAGGGUUCGAUAGCUAUAGCUGGAGCUGCUGUUCAGUGGCUGAGAGACAGCCUUGGGAUCAUUAAAAGUGCUAGUGAAAUUGAAGAUUUAGCGGCUCUGGUAGAAACAACAGGAGGAGUGUACUUUGUGCCAGCAUUUAAUGGUUUGUUUGCUCCUUGGUGGAGAGAAGACGCUCGUGGUGUCUGCAUAGGGAUCACAAGGUUUACAAACAAGUCACACAUAGCAAGGGCAGUGUUGGAGAGCAUGUGUUUCCAAGUGAAAGAUGUGUUGGACUCUAUGAACAAAGACGCUGGUGAAAAGGGAUCCCUAGACAAUGAGAAGGGAGAGUUCUUGCUUAGAGCUGAUUUGAUGGGAACUCCGGUGGUGAGGCCUUUGGACAUAGAGACAACAGCACUAGGAGCAGCCUAUGCAGCUGGACUAGCAGUUGGAUUCUGGAAGGAAGAUGACAUAUUCGAGUCUGGAGAGAAGUCAAAGAACUCCAAAGUUUUCAGACCGGUUAUGGAAGAAGCAACCAGGAAGAAAAAAGUGGAAUCAUGGGGCAAAGCGGUGGAGAGAACAUUCGAUCUUGCUGAUCUCUCUCUUUGAAAACUUGAGUUUAUUAAAAUCCACGUUGUCUUUUUUUUUAUAGGUCUGUUGUUAGGUCUAGACAUCAUGUUAGCUAGUGUCUAAUAUGUUCGUUAAUCAAAAGUCUUUUGUGUUGAAUUGCUUAUUUGAACUUGAACUAUUCUCUCCUUAAAACCACAUUUGCUUAUCUCAUAAAUUACUUCUU